AUGAAGGUCCUUGUGUGGAAUGUGCGAGGGGUGUCUUCCAAUGGUUCUGCUCGCAGGACCCGCGUUCUCCUUAGAUCUCAUUUGCCUUUUAUUCUAUGUCUGCUUGAGCCAUGUAAAUAUGAUAAUGCCUUUACGGCUGAUAGGCUCGAGUCUUUUAGAAUAAAAUUCAACUUUGAUAAUGCGUACGGGUCGGGUAACAGAAUAUGGCUGUUUUGGAAUAACGACCUGACCGUGAGUAUAGAGAGCCAAAUGGAGCAGUGUGUCACUAUUUUGUGUGCUCAUUCCACCGUUCUCACGCCCUUCUGGCUAUCCUUUGUUUAUGCCAAAACUAGGGAAUCUCUUCGGGGCCCAUUGUGGGAUGAGCUCAAAGCUGUAUGCCCGAUGAUUCCAGGGGGGGUUCCAUGGUCAAUUGUGGGCAAUUUCAACUGUUUAAUGAGUGUGGACGAAAAGAAGGGUGGACUGCCUUAUUCUCAUAGGAAGACAUUAGACUUCUGUGAGUGUGUUAGUGCGUGUGGCUUGAUUGAUGCAACCUACUAUGGCUCCUGUUUCACUUGGUGGAAUGGGAGGCGUGGGGAGGCGGCCAUAUGGAUGCGGUUAGAUCGCUGUCUCUACACCUCGGAGUGGGAGGCGGUGUUCAAAACAUCUGUACGACAUUUAUCAAAAGCCACGUCCGACCACAGUCCACUCUUAAUAACUUGUAAUUUGCUGACCACGCAGGUGGUGCCAAAACAUUUUGUCUUCCUGAACGUCUGGGUUAAGCAUGAGGCUUUUCAGACGGUCGUGCGUGAUGGCUGGCAAGCUCCAGUGGAUGGAGCCUCGAUGUUUGUUCUGGCCGCUAAGCUAAAGAGACUGGACAAAGUCCUAAGUAAAUGGAGUAGAACGGUAUUUGGGGACAUAUUCGCUAAACUGCGUGAGUAUGAGGAUACUGUCCAUAACCUAGAGGCGGUGCUACAGCAGCACCCUGAGGAUGAGCGGGCAUUAAUUGAAUAUCAAAAGGGGGUGGCUAUGUUGAAAAAGCAAAUAGCGAUUGAAGAAGAAUAUAGGCAGCAGAAGGCGCGUGUAACAGAGGUACAAGAUGGUGAUAGAAACUCCCGUUACUUUCAUGCAAUUGUUAAAGAGCGUAGGCGCAAAUUGUAUAUUCAUCGAGUUAAGAAUGGUGACGGGGUCUGGUUGGAGGAUAGACAGGGAAUAGCCCAGCAGGCAGUGGCCUUUUUUGAGCGCAUGUUUACGGCGGAAGUGGGUGGGUUUGAUCUGGCUAGAUUAUAUUGUAUCCCACGUUUGGUCAUGGAAGAUGAUAAUGACUUGCUAAUAGCUGUCCCGGGGGUGGAAGAAGUCAAGGAAGUGGUAAUGCAGAUGAGUUCUACAAGUGCGGCAGGUCCGGAUGGUUUCUCGGGAGCUUUUUAUAAGGCUUGUUGA